AUGGCAUCCCCGCUUGGAAAGCGGAAAGAGAGAGACGGCGAGGAUACACCCGUAGUGACACAUGGGUCCACCUUGUUCGUGUCGAAUCUUCCUUACAAUGCGACCUCGACAGACCUACAGACCCUCUUCUCUGACCUUGCUCCAGUGCGAUCUGCGUUUGUCGUUCUCGCACAUGGCUCUGGUGUCUCCAAGGGUGUUGGAUAUGUCUCUUUUGCUGUCAAAGAAGAUGCACAAUCGGCAUACGACAAAAUCAACGCGGAGGGGAUCGUACUAGACGACCGGAUUCUCAGAGUUCAGUGGGCGGAAUACAAGAGCAAGGACAAGACGCAGAAGGAGAAGUCUGAGAAGAAGCAACCCCGCCCUUCCGUCCCCCGUCCACACCCAAAUCCAGCAUCUCACGACCCACUUGCGAUCCGCACCGUCGUAAUUGGGGGUCUCCCUGCUUCGAUUGACUCGAAAACACUCUGGAAGAAGAUCCGGAAGUUGGAGGGGGCCGAAAAGGUCGAAUGGCCAAUUACGUCGGAUGCAGGUGUUGGGGGCCACAGCGUAGCUCAUGCGCUGUUUACCACACCUGCGACUGCGUCGGAGGCGGUGAACAAGCUCCAUGCACAUGUCUUCAAGGGGUCUUUACUAUCUGUGACACUCAAGAAGCGGCUAGAUAGCCUCGCUAAAACAUCACGAAAGCCGAAGAAAGCAGCUACAGCCCCGCCCAAUGAAGCAACUCCAAGUCGUGCAAGCCGACUCAUUGUCCGCAACAUACCUUGGGAUAUCAAGGAACAGGAUCUACGCGCCAUCUUCUUACCAUUUGGCCCUAUCCACUCCAUCGACAUACCCCGGGUUGCAGUCUGUGCGAAAGAAGAUGUGAAGUCUGAAGGUGGAGACGAGAAGACGUCACGGAUCAAAGGCUUCGCAUUCGUCUGGAUGCUUAGCAGGAAAGACGCGGAGAAGGCCAUGGAGGGGUGCAACGGCAUGACAAUACAGGCGGGGAUGGCGGAACGCAUGGUGUCUGACAAGCAUAAGAAGAAGAAACAGAAGAGGGAGGAGCUCAAGCGGCAGCAGGCGCCGAAGACAGAGGAUGGGGAAGAAGGUUAUGAGGAGGAAGAGGGCGCCGCGCAGAGUAGAGCACAGAGGGUGAUCGCUGUGGACUGGGCGUUGAGCAAGGACCAGUGGGAGAUGGCCAAGGCGAAGAUGGAAGCAGAAGGCGAGGGUGACAAUGACGUUGAGAUGGCGGAGGCAAGUCAUGACGCGGGGAGUGAGAAUGACGGCGGUCAAAGUGGAAGCGAGAGCGAUGGAGAGCAGACCGGUUCGGAUGACGAAGACGAGCAUCUUGGCGUGCAUCAGGACGGAGAAGAGGACAGCGAUGAUGAAAACGAUGACGGGAGCAGGAUCGACGGUGAUAGCGAUGGCGAGGACGAGCAGGAACCUGCGAAACCUACAUUACCUCCGCCGGAAAGCGGGAUGACUCUCUUCGUUCGCAACAUUCCAUUCGAGGCAACGGACGACGAGCUGAGAGUGUUAUUCCGUGCCUUCGGCCCCCUCCGAUAUGCGCGUAUAGCUAUGGACCCGGAAAGCGGGCGUUCAAGAGGCACAGGUUUCGUCUGCUUCUGGAACAAAAUGGACGCGGACAAGGCCAUUGCACAGAGUGAGAUUUUACGCUCGGAAACGGUCGGCGACAAGGCAGCGGCACCGAAGAAAAAUCCAUUCAAGUUGCCGUCUCUCCUCACUCCCGAUCCUUCCGCAUCAAUGGCACAAAAUCUGGUCUUGCACGGUAGGACGCUGGAUGCCAUUCUUGCGGUGACCAGGGACGAAGCGGGCAAGCUCAAGGAAGCGGGAGAAAGACAAAGGGAGAAGGCCGACAAGCGGAAUUUAUAUCUCCUCAGAGAAGGCAUCAUCCUGCCUAACACACCUGCAGCAGAAUCCCUUGGUCAGACGGAGCUGGAGAAGCGUACACAAUCGUAUAACUCCCGCCGAGCACUACUGCGCUCCAAUCCCUCGCUUUAUGUUUCGAGAACUCGGCUGAGCGUCCGACAGCUACCCAUCUUCGCGAGCGAGCGCAUGCUGAAGAGAUUGGCGGUACACGCGGUGCGGACCUUCGAGAAAGAGGCUAACGAAGGUGUUCGCCAAAAACUGACCGAUGAUGAACUAUUGAAACCGAACCAUACAGAGGAUCCUGAUGCUGAUGGGGAGAUCAAAGAGGAGGAGCACGAGGAGCAGAAUAAAAAGAGAGGGAAGAGUAAGGGAGGGCGUGACACGGGUGUCAUUCAAGCGAAAAUCGUUCGUCAGCAAGACCGAGUAGAUCCAGUCACCGGAAAGGGCCGUAGCAAGGGGUAUGGCUUCCUUGAAAUGGCCAAACAUGCCGAUGCGCUCAGGGUUCUUCGGUGGGCGAACAACAAUCCCAGCGUAGGGUCGCUCUUCGAGGAGUGGUGGAAGGGCGAGCUGAAGGAUUUGUUGAACGCUGAGAAGAAGAAAGAAAAGAUGGACGAGGCUCGAGUGAAGCGUGUCAAGGAGGAAUUUGAACGCUCGGCCAAAAGCAAGAGCACGCUUAUUGUGGAAUUCUCGAUAGAGAAUGUCCAAGUUGUCCAGAGGCGUGCUGCUCAGCAACGCGAGAAACAACAGUCCUCAGGAGGACCCACAAAGCGUUUGCGACGGCUUUCUUUGCCUGAAGUCAAGACUGAGCCGCAGGCAGAUAAGUUGGACGAGCGAUCAGCCAAAAAACGCCGAAUCUUGGAUCCUCAGCUCAGUUCUGAAAAGAUGAGCAAACACAAAACCAUUGUGAAGAGUGGUCAAAAAGACACCUGUGUCAAACGCCGUCACCAGCAUCUAUCAGUGAUUUACACGAACUGGAUAGCACCUUCCGCUGGCGAAUUUAACCGUCACCUACAUGUGGCAGAUAAGGGUGAAUGA